UCUUCUAGUUUCGUUUCAUGACAGUUUCGCCCAGGACACAAAGGAGGGUCGGAGAACCGCAUCUGUAAAAUAAAACGAGGAGUUUCUGGAAACCCAGUAGCACUUUAACCCAAGAAACAUCUGUAAAAAUGAGACACGGAUCUGCGCGCUUGAUAGUGGCUGUCUUCACGCUGGCGACAGCUCUCACUUUAGCUGAGGAAGAUGCUGGCUACCGUAAGCCACCUGCCAGCAUGAUACCUCCUGCUCCAUUUGUCCCCACUCAAACUUCCACCACAAUGACAACUGCCCAUACCAAUAUAACUACUACUCCAACUUCCCAGAAUACUACAGCCACCACCGUAACAACCGCUGCAACAACUUCCCACAAUACUACAACUGCCAAUGUAACAACCCCUGCACCAACUACCCACAAUUCUACAACCGCCAAUGUAACAACCCCUGCAACAACUCCCCACCACAAUACUACAACCGCCAAUGUAACAACUGCUGCUCCAAUCACUAAUGCUACUAUAACUCCCACCCCAAAACCUGAACCAACGGCAACAACCAACAUCACUGUGGGCAACUACACUGUGCAGGUUGGGAAACAGCUGUGCGUUAUGGUCCAGGCGGCCAUUCAGGUUCGCGUCAACAGCAGUAAACAACAUAUGGAAGGCACCUAUAUUGUUCCAGGAGAUGCUACCAGUAAUGGCGAGUGUGAACGCAAUAAUGCCAGUCUCAGGAUUAACUUAAAAGAAGGGUACAUCUCUAUGACCUUCACCAAGAAUGACUCUGCAAAUGUGGUGUUUGUCAGUGCUGUGACUGUUAGCCUGGCCUAUGCCUUCAAGUCUGGAGAAUUGUCACAUUUGGAGAGGAAGAUUGAACAGGUGCAACUCUUCAGCACAGCAAUAGGUCACUCCUAUUCCUGCAAGUCAGAGUCAAUCUUACUGGGUAAUGACACCUAUCUGGAAUUCAGUCACGAGAGGAUGCAGGCCUUCAACUUUACCAACAACCAGUUUGGUUCCAUUGACCUGUGCAAAGCUGACAAGCCGGACUACCGAGUGGCCAUUGGUGUAGGUAUAGUGCUGCUCAUCCUCAUCAUCAUCGUAGUCGUGGCUUAUCUCAUCAGUAGGAGAAAGAGAACAGAUGGAUAUCAGACUCUCUGAUGUGAAGAAUCCUAGCAUGAUACACAGAUCCACUGAAGCAGACAUUUGUUUUGAGUUUGUUUGCUUGAGGUUUGCUCCAUUAAAAAAACAACUGACAUUUAUUCCAAACGUCAGCUACUGCUCCUUUUGUAAGGUGCAUGAUAGAACAACUAAAGGUCUGAUAUCAGAAAUUUACAACUUUAAAGUUCAAACUGUCUGUGCUUUCUUUGCAGUGCUCUAAUGUCUUAAAUCAGAUCUAUGUCCAGACUUUAAUCCAGUAGUUAUGAUUUCAAUUUUGUUCUGCCUGUGGAGUAAUACAACUGAUUUUAAACUGAAGUUAAACCCUUCUCCUUGCCCAAAUAAGAUUCAUUCUAGUUUAAUGGCUUAUUCUGUGAGGAUUUCAGAUGAAAAUGACUUUUUGAAUAAUCUUUUAUCAUUUUAAAAUGAGAAUGCUCAGGAAUAUAGAUUCUUUUUUGCAGGUUUCUAAAAUGUAAGAAUUUAAGGGAAAAUUUUCGUGUUUGUAUAUACACUGAAAAUAAUAUUUGCUCUCUUGAUCUUAUGUUCAGAAUAAUGAUAAAGAAGAUAUUAUUGGAGCAAAAUUGACAGCACAUUUUUAAAUGUUAAAUAUAGAUAGAUGAUUUCUAGUUCUGUUUAUUAUGUUCAAAAUUAGCUUGAAUAUUUUGUGCUUGUAUCUUGUGCAUGUAGAGCUGUUUCGAUAAAAUUGACCGCAGUGUUUGGCUAUGUAUCUGUGUUUUAUCUGAAACAGCUGAUCAAAAUGUAUAAAUGGAAUAUUUGUGAUCUCUCUGUGUGUAUAUAACCUAAAUAUUGUCCUUAGACCAAACAUGUCCUUUAUUAAAAUUAUUUUCUAAGAUA